CAACAUGGGCUUGUCGGGCAGUGGGACCACAAACACCAGCAGCAGCACGCACGACCCCCACCUGCUCAACCGCCAGAACCUGAGCAACUCGAACCGCCACGGCCCCAUCCCCAACAUCAUCCUCACAGGGGACUCCCCGCCCGGGAUCUCCAGGGAGAUUGCCACCGUCCUGGCGGGCAUGCCGGGCUUUGAGAUGGACUCCUCCUCCCUGGGUCUGGAUGAGGACCUGAGGAUCGAGCCGCUCACUUUGGACGGACUCAACAUGCUGAGCGACCCCUACGCCCUGCUGACCGACCCGGCCGUCGAGGAUUCUUUCCGCACCGACCGACUCCAGUGAAGGAAGGGAGAGGGCCGCAGCGCCGAGAAACGCCACCCCUGCGAGGUGGACCCUCUUGAGCCAC